AGCACGACUCCCUUUUGUUCUCCUAUUAUUAGUUUCAUCGGGUACCACCACCACCACCCCACUUCAAGACAGAUAAAGAAACACCCUCGCACACUGUCACACGACAGCAAAAGAAACCAUGCCGGCUGCUUCGUCUCUUCAGCUGCAGACUCCGGUGGAGCAGCGGCAGGUACACUACGUCUCCGACAACGUUUUCAGCCUCGGCACAUUGAGCUGCGCUGUGUGCGGGCACGCCUUCCCGAUUCACACGAACGCGUGGCAGACGGCGACGUGCACCUGCUGCGGUACGUUGCACGAGCCCGGUGCGUACUCCGCCUUCCAGCGACAGCUCCGCGCACCCCGUGGCACCGCGGGCGGUGUGCGUGUGAACAACAAGGUGUGCUGCACGAACACCGCUGCGGCCAUGUUCUUCACAGAGAAGGAAGUUGCGCUGGCGACGCAGUACCUUCAUGACAGCCUCGGCGAUGAGCUCGUGGGCGGGGCGACGUCGUCGAAAGCCGGAGCGAAGGGCAACGUCACGAAGCGCGCCGGUCAGACGGAAGUCGAUAAUCGCGUGAUUGAGGACGCCUUCUGUGAAACGUGCGGUGUGCACCGUCCUUGCAAGACGUUUGCGCGCCAGACGCGUAGCGCUGAUGAGGGACAGACGAUAUUUUUCCAGUGUUCGAAGUGCGGCUCCGAGUGGCAGCAGAACUCUUAA